UGUGUGUGUGUGUGUGUGUGAGAAUGAGAAAUGGGAGGGUAGAAGCUCCUGGCUGCUUGAUUGCUCAGAUAGCCAUCAACAUCGGAGCUGGAAGGAGUCAACUGUCAGGCUUCAAUCAGAAACACAGUGAGGCCUCAGGAGAGACCCCCACCCUAACCCUCUUCAUCUCCACACGCUCCUCAUCACAAUAAGACCAUGAGCGCUCACGAGCACAACGACACGCUGAUGGACAAUAAUUACACGUUAUGGUUCAUCCACUGCACCAUCGACCUGGAUGCUGCAGGAGACUACCGGCGCAUCGCCCUCUUCCUCCUCUACCUUUUCAUCUUCAUGGUGGGCCUUCUGGAGAAUGGGCUGGUCAUCUGGGUCAACUGGCGCCGACGCCACUCGGCCAACGGGGUCCUGUUCUGUAUAAUCAAUGUGAGCCUGUCAGACCUCAUGGUGAUCAUGAUCCUGCCGUUCUUGAUGAUGGAGGUGACCAUGGACCAGGUCUGGCUGUGGGGGCGCUUCCUCUGCAAGGUCACCAACCUCGUGUACACGGUCAACUUCUACAGCAGCUCCUUCUUCCUGGCCUUCAUGACCGCGGAGCGCUACCUGUCCUUGACCAGACCCUCGUUUCCCGCCUUCUUCCCCGUGGUGGGCCGCCGCCGCUGGGUGCUCUGCGGAGGCCUGUGGGUGCUCUCCUUGUUACUGGCACUGUUGGAGAACAUCCACAUGGAUCUUCUGGAGUGGGACGAGCCAGGAUGCUACAUGAUGCCCGAGCAAAACUUUAUUGAGUGGUUUGCCGCCGUGAGUUUCCUCUCCCUGAUCUUCCAGUUCCUGGGCCCCGCCGCCGUCAUCAUCACCUGCAACGUGCUGAUCGCUCGUGCGGUUCGGACAGCGCCGGAUGUUCAGGGCAGGCGGGACGUGUGGCUGGUGCACGUUUACUCCCUGGUGUUUGUCAUGUGCUGGCUGCCCUACCACCUUGUCUCAUUCCUGACGAUCAUAGACGAAAUCGGCCCCUUCGUCUUCAACUGCAACACGAUGGAGGUGCUGUUCUUCUCGUACAGCGUGACGAAGAGCCUGUCUCUUUUUCACUGCGUGGCAAACCCCAUCCUCUACAACUUUCUCAGCAAGAGCUUCCGAGACAACCUGAUCAACACUGUGGUGAACCACUUACCACGAGAGGGAACCGGGAACCAGCUGGGAGCCGGGACCAACGCUCCCAACGGGGGCGGCGGGGGUGACCCGGGGAAGCAACGUAAGUUAAGUAACGCCAGCACCAGCCAGUCCGAUGUUGGAUCGUAAAAAAAAAAAGAUGAGAUGAGAAAACUUCACGAGAUGUUUUCUGGGAAAGAUUUGAACUGAAUGGAGAUUGUGCAGAUCAUCUCACUCUGGUCAGAGACUCACUCUCAUAAUCCAUUUCCUCUUUACCAUGUAUCUGAUCAAAGAGAGAGGCAGGAAAUGUUGGACGUGUUUGUUUUUUAAAGUUGUUUAAAGCUGCUCAGCUCCAGCAGGAACUCAUGGCGGUCUCUAAGGUCUCCUGGCACAGAAUAACCAUGCCACAGCAGGAAUGUGUGUAAACAAAGCUGAUCAUGCCAGAUAAUCCUCAUAAAAAUCUGUUUAACUGUUUCAUUUCAUUAUACCUCUAACAGAUAAAUCAUUACUUCAUUCUUAUUUAUCUGUUCCAGGAUGCAGCUGUAGUCUAAAUUUGCUGUUACAUAUAAUAAAACUUCAUAAAACA